AUGGCACCGAAGAAGAACGCACAAGCCGCAGCUGCUGCUCCUCCAGCUGCUCCUUCGGGACCAACUGCCGCAGCUGCCAUCCCGGGCACCAUGACCUCGCAACCUAAGGCGGUCCCCAACACGAAGAUCUCAGGCGGCGCCCAGAACUGGGACCAGGUACUCGCCAAUAUCUACAACCACUACAUCAGCAAGACUCCGCAGCGCACCAAGUUGAUUGACGUCUUCAUGGUCUUCCUUGUUGCUGUGGGUGCGCUGCAGUUCUUGUACUGUAUCCUUGCUGGCAAUUAUCCCUUCAAUGCUUUCCUCUCCGGCUUCUCUGCGACCGUUGGUCAAUUCGUCCUCACUGCAUCUCUUCGUAUCCAAACUACCGAGGCCAACAAGGCCGACUUCCCCUCCGUAUCGCCCGAGAGAGCAUUCGCCGAUUACAUCGCAUGCAGUCUGAUCCUUCACUUUUUCUGCGUUAACUUCAUAAACUAA